GUUGCUUGUUUAAUGUGACGACGUAUUAAGAGAUAAGUACACUUUUUGGAGGUGAUCCCAACCCUGUCUAUUUGGGGGCCUAUAAAAAAGAAAAGGUCCCAAAGUUAUGCCAUACUUUCCAAGAAGCUCCCUUAUUCCCUCUGACGCAGGUCAAAUUGUCCAACACGUCCAGCCAGUAGAUAGUACAUUGCUUUCCUACCAUGUCCACAAACAACUCAUUUACUUUCUAAAUUUCCUUUCAUUGUUCCUGACUCCUGAGAGAAGAAAAUGGCUGAGAAAAUCGAUCAGCAGGCUGCAACUGAGCACCCGAAAACCGAUGAAGAAGCACUGAUCGGCACUCUGGAAUCCAAGAAGAAACGCCGGAAGAAAAGGAUCAUGUGUAUUGUCACCUUUACUGUGCUUCAGAUCAUACAAAAUUUGAUCUUCUACUUCAUUUUUAUGCGUGUUAGGACUCCCAAGGUCAGGCUGGGGACGGUGGCGGUCCAAAAUUUGGUCACCGGGUCUCAAGAUUCACCCUACUUCGACGUGAACUUCACAGCCCAAGUAAGCAUCAAGAACCCGAAUUUUGGAUCCUACAAAUUCAAUGGCGCCAACGCCAUAUUCAUGUACCGGGGCGUAACAGUAGGGAAAGCACUUAUUCCCAACGGUAAAGCUGGGUGGCUUUCCACCAAAAAGGUUAACGUAACAGUAAACGUGAACUCAAGUGCACUGAUUUCUCAGAACAAUUCCAAACAGGCUCGAAGUCUUGGAAGCGACUUGAGCGCCGGGUUCUUGAACUUGAGCAGCCACGCCGAGCUCCGUGGGAGAGUUGCAGUGAUGUUUCUUCUUAAGAAGAAGAGGUCUGCCCGCCAAAUGAAUUGCACCAUGGCUAUCAAUUUGUCAGCAAAGGCAGUCCAUGAUUUGAAUUGCAAGUAAACUUAUUAAGCUGUAUUAGUUUUUUUUUUUUUUUUGUUCAAGUCUCAGUUUUUCAUGAUUUUGGUA